AUGACCAAACUUUCGAUUUGGCUGAAGAAUAAUCUUCACAAUAAUAUUAAGAACGACCUAGAUUCGACGCUUGAUGCCUUAUUGAAAUUAAGCCCCCCUUUCAAGAAAAGUAUCAGCAUGAUUGAACAAAAAAAAGCGUUAAAAUCGUCUAUUCGCACGUUCUUCAAGAAUGGUGAAGAAAAUGUGACAAAAUAUGGGUCUUUAUACACGUGGAUUAGUAGUGUUGAAAAAGUCACCUCGAACAAGAAAAGGCUUAAAAUUAUAGAUAAGAAGCCAGGAAAUACGAAAGAAGAUCAAGAAAAUGAAAAGGAAGGUGACAAUGAUGAUGAAAGGGAAGGUGACGAUGAUGAAGAAAAGGAGGUUGAUGAUGAAGAAAAGGGUGAUCGAAGUGAUCAAAGAAACGAAACAAAAGGUCAAGAAGAUAUAGUAUUAUUCUCACAGCGGUUCUCAUUUUCACCUUCAGAGCAGGGUGCAUAUGUUGAAUUGAUUCUUGAACACGUGGAGUUAUCACUUUUUCGAUUUAUUAUUAAACAAGAAAAAUAUAUUCCCCAUGAAGCUGUCGAAGCUAGACAUCAUAAUGCGCAUGGAAUAACAACCCUAAAAGGAAGGUGGAGUGAUGAGAAUCUACAAAGACUUUCAACAUUAGCACUAGAAGUAACUGUAUGUCUCGGGGACCAAGAUACACUCAAACUAUUAAGGGAAAUUAAGCAGAAACUGGAAUCCGAACUCAUGGAGCGAUGGAUCUCAACAAGGAAGAGAAGGCACGAGGAAGAUGAUAAUGAGUGUAAUGUGAAGAAAAGAGACUUGAAAAAUAUGGAGUACGGAGAGUUGACUGACUUUGCCCUAAAUGUAGUCAGUAAAUUGGAAAAGAAUGAAGAACAAGUAGGGAAAAUUGUACGAUUGGCUAUAGCUAAAGAUGAGGCAUUGAUUAAUAUUUGGAAAAGUUUAAUGACUCAAAAAGAUGAAUAUGCGAAAAUUAUAAAAUUCGUGACUCUAGCAAAUUUCCAAUUUGACAUGGUGAGUACGCCAGAUAUUAUUUUCAGAUGCCUGUUUAUGACUAAUUUUGGAAUAUCAUAUUCACAGCACCUAAAAAUCAAAGAGGCCAUGACACAAUAA